AUUGCAUUUCUUUUUCACAUACUGUUAGUACUAUAAUUACUCUCAUUCUUGACACUUCAUUUCAUUUUAUAGUUUCUUCGGCUUCUACGACAUUACAUCUCAAAUUAUCUUAGCAGCUUUGUGUCACUAUCUUAUUGUCAAUGAUCACCUACGAGGAACUCGCGCGAAGAAUCUCCGAAGUUUCCGAGAGUCUCUUGUCUGUUUUCUCGCCGACGACUUCGCAACAGGAUAAAAUCUUGGAUAAGAUCACGAAGAUCGUCCGAGAUGCGACAAAGGAACAACUGCUGUCACACGAUCCGCAUGUACUCAUCACGUGUAUGUUGAGGAUCAUGUUGCGCUACGAAGAUCUGUUGCGCGAGGAUCGAUUGUGUGAGUGGAAGCGUCGGCAGAGAUUCAAAGUCGCGCGGGACUGCUAUCACACUCUCUUGAGAACCUACGUGCCGGAGAGAUCGCAAGAAAUCGUAGAGGCGGUCGUGGAAACUGUGUACAAAGAUCGUCUCUGGGAGUUCGAGACUUUCUGUUACGAGAUAAUAUGCAGUUUGUUGGAUAUUAGCGCGGCCAACGGUAGUCUGAUCACUCAUGCGAUCUGGGACAAACUGUUGGGAACUUCGAAGGGAGAUACACUCGGUGUUGAGGACGCCCGUGGUAUCAUCCGGGUGCUGCAAGAGCUAUUGGAUGUGCAUGAAUGGCCGACGACGGAGGACACAUUGACGACGGUGGAUAAAAUACUCGAUCUCUUCUACGCCAGCAUAGUCAACACACAAUCUGUGACGACCAUCUCCGGCAAGUUCUCGUCGGUACCGUUUCUCGCGAACCUCAAGAAGAAUCUGGAGAUCUGCUUGAGGAACACGAUCAAGCACUUGCCGAACGAAUAUCUGUUACUGCUCGUGCAGCGCAUGUGUUCAUGGACGGUAGCCGCCACUGCGAGCGACGAGAUCGUCUUGGAGUUCGGCAGCACCCUGGAAUACGCCGCUUACACGCAUCGGACGGGCCUCUACGAGCAAACGUUCACAUCGGCGAUUUUCCCAUUACUGAUGCAAAUGGUAGGCUCAGCGAGUCAGUUGACUAGUCUGCUGGGUAACCGAGUGCUGCAAUACCUAUUGGAUCGCAAAGAGAACCGAGUGCUCUUCGACACGCCUAGGCUCUUCUUCGAACACACACAUCUCGACCUGCGUAUCGGCGUGUGUCAUAAAGAGGACCGAAUGUUCCUUAAGCUGCACCGCGAGUCGCUGCAUGAUAAUCUACUGAGGAGCCUAUUAAAUCAUUCGCAGUCGCGAGUCAAUUUGGAGAUGACUUAUUGCACGAUAUGCCUGAUCGCCGUUGAGAUCCCUUGCGGCUUCACCGCCGCUACUUUGGUCUGUCUCGCUAUGAAUCUACAAGAGAUCAUCCUGCAGCGACGGAAGGCCUACGCGGAUAUCGAGACCUUUCACAUACACGCCACGAUCAUUUCCAUAAUGUCUCUGCUGUGUUGGAUACAUCAAGCCAAAGUGUUCUACAGCUAUGUGAAUAGGAUCAUGAUGGAGCGGGCACAGUGGGCACCACAUCUGAAUCCGCCCAUCCAGUCUCAGUACAGCUUUGCGGUGCAUCACGUACUCUGGAAGAAACCGGAACUCUUCUUUGUCGACUGGCAGACACGAUAUGGUCUCUGGAAGUGUUUCCGUCUCGGCGAUAAAGCCUCGUUAAUUGACGAAUUGUAGAUUUAACUUCCUGCAAAUUUAGAAGUCUACAAUCUCAGAGAUUGUAGAUUUUUUAUUAAAUUUUUAAAAAAAUUUUUAUUGUAAAAGAGAGAGAGAGAGAGAGAAAGCAAGCCUCUGUGAACGAAACCUAUAAAAGAAAGGACUUUGACACAGAAAAAAAUCGCUAAACUAUACAAGUACUUAUAAAUAGGGAGAGAAGGAGAGAUUUCGUUUUGGUACCAACUGAUGGAAAGUGUCACGCUAUGCAGCGACGCCAUUGCUCCGGGUAUUGUACACGCCGCCAUCUCGGGGCGCUCCAUAGUCGCAUGAUUUAUGGCGCACUGGUUUUGUAAUUCG